AUGUUCAACAUCGAUUGGUGGUCUUUGGGCCUCCCCCUUGCCUACGUCUCUGUUCUAUUAGGCUCCCUAAUUAUAUUCUCUUCGUUGUAUCGGAAGCGGAAAGCAGCUGCUUCUGCGACUCUUGCGCCGUGGUUCCCACCCCAUCUACAACGAAACAUUUACCUUUCUCUACUACAUCUUGAGCCGGAGGAAGGGAAAGAGAAGGCUCCCACGGUGCCCGAGAGCGUUUUACGUGCUGCGCUAUUACGUAGAGCCGUAGAGGAUAUUCACAGGAUAAUUCAAGUCAGAAGUGCAAAGCAGGCAUGCAGUACUCUAUUACAACGUGGCAGCGUUGGCGAUGACCUUUGGCAACGCUUCCUCAGGGCUGAGAAGGAAAUGGAAGAAGAGCUUCGAGAUGUGGUGAUGGAGGCAAAUGCACUGUCACCAAACUGGGGCCAAACUAUUUUCCAAUCUGCAAAUGAAAUCGCCGCAAAUACCGUAUUCCGCAAACGGUUAGAUGAGAUCCAAGCUCAAACAACAGCAGAGAAGGAGUGGUGGGAGAAGAAACGAGCCUCCAUAAAGUCAGACUUCAUGAAGGAGCUAGACGGAGAGUCCACAACACCCGCCAAAUCUUCCGCAAAUAAAACUGGGAGUGAUGAGGAUGCUAUCUUGGUUGAGAGUGGCGGGCCUGCUGUUACAGAUAAGGGAACCAUGAAGAAGAAGAAGGGCAAAAAAUAG